GCUCCGCCUGCCUGGCUCCUGGCGCUCCUGGCUCUCCUGCUGCUCCGCUCCUCGCCUCCCGCGCUCCUCUGCCGGCUCGGCCGAGCGCGCUCCCCGACGCCGCAGCGCGGAGAUGAAGGUGCUGGGACACAAGAUCGAACUGCUGACAGGGCUCCUGCUCCACGACGUGACCAUGGCCGGGCUGCAGGAGCUGCGAUUCCCCGAGGAGAAGCCACUGCUCCGGGGCCAGGACGUCGCCGAGCUGGAGAACUCCGACACCUUCCUCUUGGCCAUGGACACAGACUGGAAGGAACAUGACAUCGAGACGCCUUACGGCCUUCUGCACGUGGUGAUCCGGGGCUCCCCCAAAGGGAACCGCCCAGCCAUCCUCACCUACCAUGACGUGGGCCUCAAUCACAAGCUGUGCUUCAACACCUUCUUCAACUUUGAGGACAUGCAGGAGAUCACCAAGCACUUCGUCGUGUGCCACGUGGAUGCCCCCGGUCAGCAGGUGGGGGCGUCACAGUUUCCCCAGGGGUACCAGUUCCCCUCCAUGGAGCAGUUGGCCGCCAUGCUCCCCUGCGUGGUGCAGCACUUCGGGUUCAAGUACGUGAUUGGCAUCGGAGUAGGAGCUGGAGCUUAUGUGCUGGCCAAGUUUGCCCUCAUCUUCCCUGACCUGGUAGAGGGGCUGGUGCUGAUGAACAUUGACCCCAACGGCAAAGGCUGGAUCGACUGGGCGGCCACCAAGCUCUCUGGCCUGACCAGCACUUUACCUGACACGGUGCUAUCCCAUCUCUUCAGCCAGGUAAGGGGAAGGGGGCCCCCACGGGAGCAGCAGGGGUGGCCUAACGGAGGAGGGGUGGGUCUUAGGAGUCUCUGGAGGGCCUGGUUCUGCCUACUCUCAGGGGUGCCUGGGGCUUCUAGCAGCAGGGAGUCUGGGUUGGGGUUAAGAACAUCUGACCUGUCUCACUCUGCUCAUCUGAGACACACUCGAGACAACUCAACCAUAAAGCCCCAACUCUGGGACCAGCCCGGGAUGCUGGGCCAUAACUGCCAUUGUGGGAGGAUGGGCCGCAGAGACCUGGACAUUAACCGACCUGGAACGGUGCCCAAUGCCAAGACGCUCCGCUGCCCCGUGAUGCUGGUGGUCGGGGAUAACGCGCCUGCCGAGGACGGUGUGGUGGAGUGCAACUCCAAACUGGAUCCAACCACCACGACCUUCCUGAAGAUGGCGGAUUCCGGAGGCCUCCCCCAGGUCACACAGCCGGGGAAGCUGACCGAGGCCUUCAAAUAUUUCCUGCAAGGCAUGGGCUACAUUGCGUACUUGAAGGACCGAAGGCUGAGUGGAGGAGCAGUGCCGUCGGCCAGCAUGACCCGCCUCGCCCGCUCUCGUACUGCGUCGCUCACCAGCGCCGGCUCGGUGGAGGGCGGCCGCCCGCAGGCCUGCACCCACUCGGAGAGCAGUGAGGGCCUGGGCCAGGUCAACCACACCAUGGAGGUGUCCUGCUGAAGCCCCUCGCCCGCAUCGACGUCCCACUGGCAUUCUCGCGCCGGCUCAUUUUCCCUUUAGUUUAGUUUUGUGAAGGCCAGGGGCGGAAAUGGGUUCACUUCUCUUUUGUUAAAAACACGAGGGGAUUCAUCCUAGAUGCUGCAGCAGAACAGUCUCCGGAUGGUUUGAGAGGCUCACUCCUCCCCACCCCCACCUCAUUCACCUUGUUAACUUGGCUGACUCAGACCCCUCUUCUGACUCCCCACAGUCCGGGCGGGGCUCAGGGAGGGAGGGGUCUGCUGAGAGUUCGAGUCCUUCUCUGGGCAGGAUCCAGGGUAAUAUCCUGGACUGAAGAAAGCAUAGGAUGAUCCCCAUGGGCAGGGCAGGGUUUGAAGACGGGAUGGGGUUUUGAGGUGGUGUGCUGGGACAGCAGGAGCCCCAGGGUCCAGGUCAGGCACUGAGGGGACAGGAGACAGCACUGGGGAGCACUAGGAGGCAGGAGCGCUGGAGCUUUGCAGGCCCCUUUCUCCCUCUCUCCUCCACCAAGCACAUCUGUUUCUGUCUUUUGCACAUGUGACAAUCAUCUGAACCAAGCCUACCAGGCAGCAGUCUUCCUGGUGCUCUCUGGGCUGGCCUGGUGACGGAGGGCCAGGCAGGCAGGCAGGGGCUGAGCAGUUUCUCUUGCCCAUGGAAAACCCAACACAGAAGGUCUUAAAGGCAGGAACCCCACAGACUGUCUUAGCUCACACACUCCGCCACCUCCUGGCCCUGUCCCAUAUCUGAGCCAAGGCCCUGAGGUAGAAAGUCACCUGAUCUUCUAUUUCCAUAGGGACCGGACUUGGGGGCUGACCUUAAAUGCCAGGAUAGCCCAUGAGGGUUGGACGCACCCCUGGGAACUUCCUGGUGUCUGCUUUCAGGAGCCAGUAUGUGACUGAGGCAGUGGUGGCUGAGAUUCCCCAGCACACGCCCUCUUUUGCCCCCAGGUGCCAUGGAGGACAACCCAGUCAGCAGCAGUGUGUCCAAGGCCACCAGAAACGUGGCGUUGUCAGGGAGAGUUCUGGCUAACAUUUCAUGUGGGCAUCACUAAGGAAGGACGUUAUCUGGAAUGAAAUGUCUACGGUAGUGAGACUCGUGCAGGCCUGUGUCACCAUCUCAGGACUGUUGGAGUGGCUUGGGUUGGGGCUUGCUGGGUCCGGGGGUGGGAGGUGAAGGUUCCUGAAGUGACCAAGAGCCAGGCAGAGGAGAAAGGCUCUCCGUGCACCCCGGUCCCCUGCUUUCACCUGAAGCCCAGGACUGCGCCACACACAUCGCACCCACCCUUGCUAUCAGGGACAAUCUCCUGGCCCCGAAACCGCAGCCACUUGUCUUGGAGCCUAAAUCAAUCGCCACAAACUCUAAAACAGUAAAAGAGGGGGAAGAGCGAUGAGAAAGGCAGUGGAGGGGACAGUUGUGUGGAGGGGUGCUCUGAGGCUGAGAGGACACCUGCAUCCACGUUUCUGCACAUAUCACCCCCUUCUAGAAUCUUAAGCCAUUACUAGACUGCUCUAGAGCCUGGUGGAGUGUUAGUCUGUCCCCAGUUCUACUCACUCAUGUGCUUCCUUUGAAUAUCAAAUGUGACUGUUUGAAAAGCUGGUAGAAUUAAUCCCUCUUACUGUAGGUAGAGCUACAAAUCUUGGAUUUUUUUUUGUUUUCUUUCAAAUAAGGUAUCUAUAAAUAUCUAUACAUUAUAUAUAUAUAUGUAUAUUGGGUCUUCCUGCGUGUGGUUUUCCAUCGGAGGUUGUCUCUUUGGUCAAAGUGAACUUUUAAUGGAGUUUAUUAUUUUCCUGUCUAUAUAAAGUGAAGAACCUAAUUUUGUGUAUUCUGGUGGCUGAUGUCAUGAAACUUUGAGAAGACAAAAUGUAAAACCAAUAAAAACCCUUGUCAAAGUA